GCAUUCUAACUAUUUGUCUUCGUGUCAAAAGUCCGAAAGCCGUGCUAAUGAAUUCCAAUCUCGCGAUGUUUUCCGAGAACAAGUCAAAUACCAGCCAAAUCCAGGAAGCUCCAGUUUUUCUUAAACACAAAUGGCUGCGUUUGAACUGCCCUGCGGUUUUCCGUUAAAGCGAGCCGACAUUACUGGAUAUACGAUGUCCUUACCAGCCAUUUGAAACUGCAUUCACCUCUGGUCAAACCUUUGCUGAUAUUUUCAUCGACCUACCGAAGUCAUGUCUGGCUCAGGCGACCUACCAGCUAUUGAGUUUCCCGGAAUGGGUGGGAUGAAGCUCCCCAUUGGAAUGACUCGACGAGCCCUCAGCUAUGACGACAACUUGGAGGCCCCCAUGUCCACACCACCCCACGAUAUCAGCAUCAACAACCUCUGGAAACGGCCCGUCAUACCGGAGAGGAAGUUCCUGCACCUAGCUGAGGAGGAUGAGAGCGGUGCAGCCAGACAGUCCGCUGCCCAGGAGAGUGUCCAGUCCAGACCACCGGCUGUAGUGAAGGCCAAGGCCUCUUCGGUCAUCAUGAACUCUCUCAUCACUAAGCACACCCAGGAAAGUGUGUACAAGUUUGAGCAGAGAGCGGGACUCACCGACGCGGGCUACACGCCCCACAAAGGCCUCACUGCCGAGGAGACCAGACACCACCAUCGCAUGCCCGAAUCCCUGCAGAAAUUCCAGAUGCAGAGAAUGGAGACCAGAGAAGAGAAGAGUGCCUCUGCUCAGUCCACUCCAUCCAGCACCCCCCACAGCUCGCCCAAGCAGCCCCGCAGACGGGCUAAAAACUGCAACCUUUCGGUCCGUUUGCUCAGGGGCUGGUUCGGCAGCACCAGCUCAGAGGCCAGCGUCAGCUCCGGCCACAGCAGCGUGGACAUGGGGCCAGCAGACCCCCCCGCUGCAGGGGGGGGGGCCGUGGAGCGGUGGGGCAUCUUUGGCCCGCGGCCACUCGUCCAGAAUUCCGUCUCUGACCUAGGAUCCGACAGCACAGCAGCAGCAGGCUUUGCAGUCCAGGCCUACCGUGGAGCCCAGAAGCCCACCCCGAUGGAGGUGAUGAAGUCCCAGGCCACGCGGGCGGUGGACAACUCUCAGCUGGCCUCGCUGCCCAAGAUGGAGAUCCCCAGCGUGGAGGGUCAGCGGCCGGGGGCCCGGCCACACAAGCUCAAACACAGAGACAUGAACAUCCUCACACCCUCCGGCUUCUGAGAGGACAACCCCCCCUCUGACAACAGCCUGUAGAUACCGAAGGUCCCGUGGAGUGAAAACCUCCCAUAACCCACCUGCAUCCCGUCCUGUUGUCCUACCACCAAAACUAGUCCGCCUUUUUUGCUUUGACAUUAAUCAGCUAACGUCAGUAUGAUUUACUGAAACCAUUUCAAGCAUGCAUGAAAGAACAAAAAAAGCAUUUCAAGUUAGAAUCAUUUCAGAGGAUUACCUUUGAAUUUUGUAUCUCAGCCUGCUGUCAACAUCAUCUGCCACAUUUGAAUCACAGACAGGAGAUAAUUCCUCCUGUCAAGCAUCAGACAUUAUUUUCUGACCAAUGCACUAAAGUUUUGAUCACUUAAUCUCACUGACGAUGAGGGUGAUAUUCUAGUUGUGCUGGAAGCUGACAGGCAUGGCUCCUGUUCACUGACUGGCUUCAUUUCUAAGUUUGGUUUUCCUCGUUUUCAAAAUGUAUUUAUUUUGCCUCCAAAUAAGCUGGACCACCUUAUCGGUUUGCUCUUACCCAUCUGGACUUUGUGUGUUGGUGUCAGUGUGUUGCCAGAACACCAUCAGCAACCAAAACCACAAAAAGUUGAACCGUCUAGGAUUUUGGGGUUAAGUCAUGCUUUCCACCAACUCAGCAUUUAUUUCACUAAAUGAAAAGUAAAUAAGAGUCAAUUUUUGCUGGCUUGUGUCAUAUGGUCAGACUGUCAACAAUCAGCUCAUGAGUCUUUAUAGUCUAUGUUCAACUGAUGAGACGAAGGCACAUUGAAAUCCCAGAGAUCCCACUUUUCCCCCCAUUACAUUCCCUUAAUAUUGUGCUCCCUUCAAGAUGCAUAUUAACCUGAGGUUUUCACGAAGCAGGAUGGGAGGAAUUAAUUUAACUAAUUUGUGUAAGUGUAUGUUGGCAAUAAUGAAACAAUCAGAAAAAAACCAUGUUCCAUUACAUUCCAUUUGGUUAUGAAAAGAUCAAAAUAUCUCCAUUGUCUGUAUGUGCAUUUCUGAUCUUAAAGUAGCCAUUCCACUUAGUCUGUCAUCCACAGUGUUUUGGUUUUCCCGAAAAAGGAAAGUGACCAAAAUGGAAGUAAAGAAAGCAAAAUCAUUCAAUAGAUAAUGUCUGUUAACUUUCUCUUAAUAGAUUACUAAUAUGAAGGAUUUCUAUCGCUCCAGUUAAGCGCAAAGUACUCUUCUCCUUUUCCAUUUCUGGUUAAUACCAGCCGAGAAGAGCUAACCCUAACCCUAGCCUUAUGAUGUCAGGAUCCAGGAUUCCCCUUUUUAGGUCCUUUCAUUUCUACCUUUGUUGGAAAUGUUUCCUCCUAAAGUUCUGCUGUGAUUUUUUUUAGUAUGAUGUAUAAAGCAACCCUAAAGCUGGUUACUGAGGAAAGUGCACUCCUGUCACCAAAUGUAGAGUUUAGACGUGGCUGUUUUCGCUGUUUAGUGUUCGUGUGCACGGGUUUAUGUGUUCAGGGUCACGCCGUCUCCUGUGGGCUGUGCUCCAUGAGAGCGUUAAAGUCAGUUCUGUGUGGUCUUUUGUAUGUGAAAGAAUGAAAAUGUUCCAAGUUGUUUUUGUUUUUUAUCAUUGAUUUACUGUCCUUAUUGUUUAUUGUGAGCACACUUUGGAGAAUAAAUGU